AAAAUUAUUAAGCUAAAGUCUUUAGUUUGUGAUUUACAGUUUCUUUUAAUUUAUGAAUGUUCGCAUUUCAUGUCCUCAUUAGAUUCGAAAAAAAAGAAAUUGCAGCAGAGAGGAAUUUCCUCUGACCGUGAGUCUGACCUCUCUGUGCAUACUUACGUUUGCUUCAGUGUACAGUAUGUAUAUGUAUGUAUAUAGCGCAGUUGGCUGUGUACGAUAUAGAUAGAACACGUGUUCGUCUGUUCGUACGAAAUAAUAGUAACGUUUGUACUUUAAUAAUUAAGAAAAUCAUACGAGAUGGGUGUAGAUAAAGAAGAUACGAAAAGUAAAUCAGCAACGACCGAGUUUGUUGAACCCAAAGGAAAGAAGAAACGAAGUGCAGAUGACAAUCGUAUGGAAGUGGAAGUGAUCAAUGGUGUGGAAGGUAAAAUAAAGUCACACGGAACUUCGAAAAGGGCUAGGACUGUCGAAGGUUGUGAACAGAGAAAGGUGUCUGUGCCCGCGCAUCGAUAUACGCCGUUAAAGGAGAACUGGAUGAAGAUAUUCAGUCCCAUCGUCGAGCAUUUACAACUGCAAAUACGAUUCAAUUUGAAAACGCGAAACGUAGAAUUGCGAACGUCGCCCGAAACCCCCGACAUAGCUAAUCUGCAAAAAGGAGCAGACUUCGUUAAAGCGUUUAUCUACGGUUUCGAAGUGGAGGACGCUUUGGCUCUGUUACGGUUAGACAAUUUAUUCGUGGAAACGUUCGAGAUCCAAGACGUCAAGCGUUUGAAAGGUGAUCACCUUUCGAGAGCGAUCGGCAGAUUAGCUGGAAAAGGUGGAAGGACGAAGUUUACUAUAGAAAACGUAACUAAAACGAGGGUCGUGUUGGCGGAUAGCAAAGUCCAUAUACUCGGUUCGUUCGAAAAUAUACAGCUGGCGAGAAGGGCUAUAUGUAAUCUAAUUUUGGGUAGCCCCCCGUCGAAAGUAUACGGACAAUUAAGAAACGUAGCGAGUAGAGUCUCCGAACGAUUUUAAAAUAAAAAUUACUUUAUUUUUUUUAUACAGUUUCACUUAGAGUA